AGUUCCUUUUUUCUCUUGCUAUCAGAAUGUCUAGGAAGUGGGCAUUAGGGGACAACAGAAGCUGUCCUCUCUCACAAUCCCAGGCACUAGCAAUAGCUUUAACCAUGAGUGACUCCACGGAAUCAAAGACACAGCAACUGGACACUCCAGAGGAUGAAGAGUGUUUGAUGAGUAGUACCAGAUAUUCUGCUGUCAGCUCUCAGUUACGAACAAAAUUUGGAAUCAAAAGUUUGGCAGAGUAUACGAAGCAGAGCCACAACCCCUUGGUCCUGCAGCUGUUCUCCUUCCUGUUCUUGACUGGGCUUCUGCUGAUCAUUCUUGUCCUAGUCUCAAAGGUCCCCAGCUCAGAGGUUCAACACAAAAUCUACCAGGAACUCAUGCAGUUGAAGGCUGAAGUUCAUGACGGCUUGUGUCAACCCUGCCCCAGGGACUGGACAUUCUUCAAUGGAAGCUGUUAUUUCUUCUCCAAGUCCCAAAGAAAUUGGCACAACUCCAUCACUGCCUGCAAGGAACUGGGGGCCCAAUUGGUCAUUGUAGAGACUGAUGAGGAGCAGACCUUCCUGCAGCAGACUUCUAAGGCUAGAGGACCAACCUGGAUGGGCCUGUCAGACAUGCAUAAUGAAGCCACGUGGCACUGGGUGGAUGGCUCACCUCUGUCACCCAGCUUUGCACAGUAUUGGAAUAGAGGGGAGCCCAACAACGUCGGUGAUGAAGAUUGUGCAGAGUUCUCUGGGGAUGGCUGGAAUGAUCUCAGAUGUGAUACCCUAAUUUUCUGGAUCUGUAAGAAAGUUUCAACCACAUCAUGCACCACUAAAUGAAUGACCUCAUCUCAGCCUCCGCACCCCAAACUAUGCCAAGUGGAUGAACCUGACUCAUGUUCACACUCCUCCUUGUCUUUUGACAUUAGGAUGCUAAUAAAACACCCAUUUUUCUCUGU